AUGUGGAUAAGAGUUCCGUCAACAUCCCACCAUGAAGGCAUUCGAGCUGCUGGGGCUGGGCGCGCAGGACAGUGUGCAGACGCGCGAGUGGGGGAGGUUCGCUCUUCCCCAACCCCCUUCCUUUCCCCCCACCUUCCCCCCCCCCCUCCUCUGCACGCAGCCAUGAAGGCAUUCGAGCUGCUGGGGCUAGGCGCGCAGGACACGGUGCAGUACACGCGCGCGGGGGGAGGGGGGGUCGCUCUUCCCCACCUCUCUUCUUUUCCCCUCUCCCCCCUUCCCCCCACCUUCCCCCCCUCCCCUCCCGCCUCCCUGCACGCAGCCAUGAAGGCAUUCGCUCUGCUGGGGCUGGGCGCGCAAGGCACAGUGCAGUACGCGCGCGCGGGGGAGGUGGGGGGCGAUGGCGCAGGGGAUAACGACCACGACCUCGACCCCCUCGACCACGACAGCCACAACCACGUCGCCAGCUCCACGGGGGGCGCGUCUCUGCGCACGCGUGAGAGUCCCCCUGCGCGGAAGCAGCAGCAGCAGCAGCAGCAGCAGGCUGAGCGCGCUGCUGAGGGAGCGCUGGAUCAGGAGAUGGCGGGCGGUGGGCGGAGGGGGGGAGGGGGAGGGGGACGAGGGGGGAGUGGUGUGGGGGAGGUGCGGAGACCGCGGCAGGCUGCUGCUGCGCCCUGGUGCUCUGUAAGUGAGGGAGUGAUAGGGGGAGAGCGGAAGGGAUUGUGA